AUGACGCAGGCAAACCCCGAGUUCUGGACCCCUCACGAGGUGGACGACUGGCUCAAGCGCUUUGAGAACGGCCGCUACGCGCACUUUAGUGGGCCCCUGAAGGGCCGCAAAGGCGCAGACAUUGUGCGCUUUACUGCGGCCGACUGGUCGCAGCUGACGCCUCAGGACCUGGCCACGAGCCUCCGCUUUACGCUCUUGGGUAUGGUACAGGUGGCGACGCACGACGAGCCGCUGGCGAUUGUGACGGACUUUGUGCCGCUUGGGGGCUCCCCGGGCAAGAUCAAGCGAGCGAGGGAGGCCCCGACAAAGACAGUGCCCGUCAAGUUCCCGCCUAUGGUGGAGCUACCGUCCGUGCCCGUGCUGAUCGUGAUGCUGUUGUUUGUGUUCCUGGUGGUCCUGUGCUUCACAGUGCUGCGUCAGCCUCUGUUGGACAUUGGCAUUGAGUCGAAAAGCCUCUUGAAAUAUGGCUCGAUCCCCAUUGUUAGUGUCGUGUUCACGUACCUCCACAUUUGGAUUGCGCUGUGGAUGACGUUCUAUCCACUCGAGUACACUGGCUGUCUGCAGAUUCCGAAGACCAACGCAGGCCUCGGAUGGCAGGGCAUUGUACCGCACAAAGGCGAGAAAAUGGCUCGCCAGGCUGUGCAGAUUAUGACGCGCGACUUGCUGAAUGUGUCGGAGAUUUUUGCAAGGAUCAAGCCGGCACAAGUUGUGCGCGAGCUGGAACCGAUCAUGUUCAAUAUGAUCCAUACGGUUGUGGAAGACAUGGCGCUGAAAUACAGUCCGGAUCUGUGGGCUGUGUUGCCGGUCAGGGUAAAAGAGGAGAUUGUUGAGAAGGUAAAGGAAGAGUCGCCUGCGCAUAUCGAGGCGCUCAUGGACGAGAUCCGUAACAACAUCGAAGAAGUCUUUGAUUUGGAGGAUAUGGUGGUAACCAACAUGUGCAAGGAUAAGCAGAUUCUAGUGAACAUGUUUGUGAUGUGUGGCUACUCUGAGCUGACUUUUAUCCGGAAUUCAGGUGCCUACAUGGGAGGCAUAUUCGGCCUCAUGCAGAUGGGAGUGUGGUUCGUAUACUCCGAUCCGAUUGUCGUGUUCCCGGUGAUUGGUCUGCUUGUGGGCACUGUGACCAACUGGCUCGGUCUGAAGAUGAUUUUCGAACCCGUGAACCCCCGGAAGUACUGUGGCAUUACUUUUCACGGUCUGUUCUUGCGACGUCAGAGCGAAGUGGCGGAGGUGUACGGUAGGAUGGUUGCCCGCGACGUGUUAAACUCCCGGAACAUUUUCGAGGCUAUUUUGAAGGGCCCGUACUCGGAUCGCCUGUUUGAGCUCGUGUACGACAAUGUCCAAGAGGCCGUUGAUGCUGCUACUGGGACUACAGAAAAGAUCAUUAACUUCAGCAUUGGCAAGGAAACGUAUGCCAAUAUAAAGGAAGAUGUGACGAACCACAUUGUGGAAAUCUUCCCGGAAAGUCUCCGUCAUAUCGAGAGCUAUGCCACGGCUGCCAUGGACAUGGAGGUCACGCUGCGUGAGAAGAUGAAGCUGUUGUCUUUCGAGCAGUUCGAAAGCUUGCUGCACCCCAUCUUUGAGGAAGAUGAGUGGAAACUCGUGGUCAUGGGCGGCGUGCUUGGCGUCGUGAUCGGCAUCGUCCAGGUUUAUCUUAUCGAGCACUAG